AUGUCGUCAAUCACUUAUCACAUCCUACACAUCAUCACUUAUCACACCCUACUCAUCAUCACUUAUCUCAUCCUACACAUCAUCACUUAUCACAUCCUACACAUCAUCACUUAUCACAUCCUACACAUCAUCACUUAUCACACCCUACUCAUCAUCACUUAUCACAUCCUACACAUCAUCACUUAUCACACCCUACUCAUCAUCACUUAUCUCAUCCUACACAUCAUCACUUAUCACAUCCUACACUUCAUCACUUAUCACACCCUACAAAUCAUCAAUGAUCUCAUCCUACAAAUCAUCACUGAUCUCAUCCUACAAAUCAUCACUUAUCUCAUCCUACAAAUCAUCACUUAUCUCAUCCUACAAAUCAUCACUGAUCUCAUCCUACAAAUCAUCACUGAUCUCAUCCUACAAAUCAUCACUGAUCUCAUCCUACAAAUCAUCACUUAUCUCAUCCUACAUAUCAUCACUUAUCUCAUCCUACAAAUCAUCACUUAUCUCAUCCUACAAAUCAUCACUUAUCUCAUUCUACAAAACAUCACUUAUCACAUCCUACAAAACAUCACUUAUCACAUCCUACACAUCAUCACUUAUCACACCCUACACAUCAUCACUUAUCACACCCUACAAAUCAUCACUUAUCACACCCUACACAUCAUCACUUAUCACACCCCUACACAUCAUCACUUAUCACACCCCUACACAUCAUCACUUAUCACACACUAA